GUCGGAACACUUCCUUGUGUUCCUAGUUUCCAGUCGGAAUGUGACACUCUUUCAUUACCAGAACAUCAACAUGGCAGCUGUUUUAUCGCCGAGACCGUGCGAUAGCAAUCCUGCGACUCCUGGGACGCAGUCUGUGAAGGAUGACAUUGAGGAGAAUUCCAGUGAUGGUAGUCAAGCCCCCAAGAGACGCAGGAUGGGCUCAGGGGACAGUUCUCGGAGCUGUGACACGUCCAACCAUGAGCUGGGGCCAACAUACUUCCCUGCUGAAAAUCUGACAGAAUACAAAUGGCCUCCGGAUGACACAGGGGAGUAUUAUAUGCUACAAGAACAAGUGAGCGAGUACUUGGGAGUCACGUCAUUCAAACGAAAAUAUCCAGAUUUGGAAAGAAGAGACCUGUCUCACAAAGAAAAACUUUAUCUGAGAGAGCAAAAUGUCAUAACGGAAACACAGUGUACACUAGGUCUCACUGCUUUGCGCAGUGAUGAAGUUAUUGAUUUGAUGAUUAAGGAGUACCCAGCCAAACAUGCCGAGUACUCGGUCAUACUGCAGGAGCGAGAGCGGCAGAGGAUAACUAAGGAGUACUCUGUGAGCACUCUCAGUGCACAAAUGCAGCAACAGAAUCCUCAAAAAGUUGAAGCCAGUAAAGUGCCAGAGUACAUAAAGAAAGCAGCUAAAAAAGCUGCCGAAUUCAACAGUAAUUUCAACCGAGAGCGGAUGGAAGAGAGAAGGGCUUAUUUUGACCUUCAAACACAUAUUAUUCAGGUACCUCAAGGAAAAUACAAAGUCCUCCCUCCAGAAAGAACCAAGACCGGUCCAUACCCAGUUGCACUCAUUCCCGGCCAGUUCCAAGAGUUCUACAAAAGGUACUCUCCAAAUGAGCUUCGCUACUUGCCCUUGAACACGGCUCUAUAUGAGCCUCCGCUGGACCCAGAGCUGCCUGCCCUGGACAGUGAUGGCGACUCUGAUGAUGGUGAAGAUGGAAAAGAUGAUGGAAAAAAACAUAAAGGUUCCUCUGACAGUUCAUCGGGAAACACUUCAGAUGGAGACAGCCAAGACAGCGGAAUUCAAUCCAAAGUCAAGAGCAAAGACCGACCCGGCACCCAGGGCAAAGAUGCCACUCCCCGCUCCAUCCAACACAAAUCUGUCCCUGGGUACAAGCCUAAGGUCAUUCCCAAUGCUAUAUGUGGCAUAUGCCAGAAGGGUAAGGAGGCCAACAAGAAAGGCAAACCAGAGGCUCUCAUCCACUGCUCCCAGUGCCAAAACAGUGGUCACCCGUCCUGCUUGGAUAUGAGUGUGGAGUUGGUGUCCCAGAUCAAGAUGUAUCCCUGGCAGUGCAUGGAAUGCAAGACCUGCACCGUGUGCGAGCAGCCGCACCACGAGGAGGAGAUGAUGUUCUGUGACAAGUGUGAUCGAGGCUACCACACCUUCUGUGUGGGCAUGGACUCCAUUCCUCUGGGUUGCUGGGUCUGUGAUUUAUGUAACAAAGAGCUACCUACACCUCAGAAGAAGGGAACAAUAAAAACACCAAAAAAAUCUAAAUAAGUUCCAAAAAGUUGACCAAUUUUUACAACACUUUUGAUAUUAAUUUUUAUUUUUCUAUUAUUUGAAUGACAAGUCCAUAAAUGUUUGGUAUGUUUAAUUAAUUUUUUUUGUUACAUUUUGUAGCUGAUUUUUUUUUUUUAUGCAAUUGUUUCCAAUGUAGAAUGUGUUUUUGUAUUGUUUACAAUAAAGUUCAAAACAGA